CUCGACGACUGAAACGGUAGGCGAACAUGUUUGCCUAGUUGACACGCAUGACAAAUGAAAUCUAAUUUUGAUUUACUAUUAUCUAAAACAGAAGAGAUGCCAUGGAGCACAUCAGGACUUGGGUGUCCAAGACGGCGGUGCCAUGUUGGGAGGUCGACUUUGGAGAGGUGAAGUUGUGCUGGGGGGCAGGCUUGAAAGAGUGGGUAGAGGAGUCCGUCACUACUGGAUCGAUGAAUCACGGCUCCCGUCAGACUGCCGCCGUCGCCGUUGAAGCUGAGGAGGGCGGUGGAUGGGCCGGCGUUGGAGAGGGCGCCGGCCUGCUGCUGUUCGACCAAGAGGAGGGCAGAUCGGACCUCCAAGAAUGUCGGGAACGGGUUUUGAUACUGCAAAAAAUGAACCUGACCCCGGAUGUCAUGCGGCAAGCCUUGAAGAACUUGGAGAACAAGCGCGUGUUCCGUCACCGGAGCAUCCACGUCGUCAAGGUAGUCGGCGAGAUUCUUGAGAGCAAGGUGGGGAGAUUUGGGGGUGUUGGUGUUGUCGGAGGAGACAGAGGAGACUUCGGCCAUGGUGAAUCUUGGAGAGAAAAGGAGAAGGCCGAGAGAGACAGGCGACGAUUAGCAGUGGGAGAUCGCCGAGAGGAGAGAGAGGGCCGAAGAACAGGAGAGAGAGCCCACUUAAUGGUUCAGACUGUUUGUUUCAGCCUCUUAAUGGUUCAGAUGUCUGAAUGGUUAAGAGAUUUGCCUCUGAAUGGUUAAGUAUUAUACAGAGUCUGAAUGGUUAAGAGCUCUUAUCUGAAUUGAUCAGACAUUUGCCUCUGAAUAGUUAAACAAUAUACUAGCUCUUAAUGG